CCUCGACUCCACUCCCCGCAUACCGCGACCACGUUAUCUGUCCCUUACUUACUACCAGUCGCUUAAGCUCGACAAGGUUUCAAAAUGCGCGGCAGGGCACGUUCUGCCAAUCGCGGCGGCGGCGUCGACCGCGUCGAGGCGCCUGUCACGCUGCGUGGCUAUCUACUUUGCGUCUUCGCAGCAUUUGGAGGUAUCUUGUUUGGAUAUGACUCUGGCUACAUCAGUGGUGUCUUGGCCAUGAAUGCCUUCAAGCAACAGUUUGGCAGCGCCUCCACUUCUGAAGAUGCCUACAAUGGCCGCCUCUACCAAACCUGGGAGAAGUCUCUGAUCGUGUCCAUUCUGUCCGCCGGUACAUUCUUCGGUGCGCUCUUCGCUGGUUCUCUUGCCGAUUGGCUCGGACGCCGCUUGACCAUCAUCUCUGGAUGUGGCGUCUUCAUUGUCGGUGUUAUCCUCCAGGUAGCUUCCACUGCGGUGCCUCUGCUCGUUGUCGGACGCUUGGUUGCAGGUGUUGGAGUUGGUUUCGUGAGCGCAGUCAUCAUCCUCUACAUGAGCGAGGUCGCACCCAAGGCCGUCCGAGGCGCCAUUGUAUCUGGUUACCAGUUCUGCAUCACCAUCGGACUACUCCUCGCUGCUGUGGUUGAUAACUCCACGAUGAACCGUGCUGACUCCAGCUCCUACCGCAUCCCGAUUGCUAUUCAGUUCGCUUGGGCUUUGAUCCUUGGAACUGGUCUCUUCCUUCUGCCCGAGUCACCGAGGUGGUACGUCAAGAGUGGUCGUCUUGAAGAUGCUGCAAAGUCACUGAGCAGGCUGCGCGGCCAGCCUGUUGACUCCGAGUAUGUCAAGGACGAACUGGCCGAGCUUGAGGCCAACUAUCAAUCUGAGUCGAAGAACAUGAACGCUGGCUGGCUCAGCUGCUUCACUGGUGGAUGGCGCUCGGCCGACAGCAAUCUCCGUCGUGUCGUACUUGGUAUGGCACUUCAGAUGAUGCAGCAGUGGACUGGUGUGAACUUCGUCUUCUACUAUGGAACGACCUUCUUCAAGACCGUCGGCCUUCAGAACGCUUUCGUCAUAGCCAUGAUCACUACGGCAGUGAACGUCGGUUCCACCCCUUUGUCCUUCUGGACUGUUGAGCGAUUCGGUCGCCGCAUGCUUCUCAUCUAUGGUGCUGUGGGCAUGCUCGUCUGCGAGUUCGUCAUCGCCAUCGUGGGUACCGCCGCUGAGGGAAGCAAGGCCGCCUCCUUGUGUCUCAUCGUCUUCACCUGCUUCUACAUCUUCUUCUUCGCCUCCACCUGGGGUCCAGCAGCCUGGGUUGUCAUCGGCGAGAUCUUCCCUCUCCCUAUCCGCGCCAAGGGCGUCGCUCUGUCGACAGCAAGCAACUGGCUGUGGAACUGCAUUAUUGCGCUGAUAACGCCAUAUAUGAUUGACGAGGAGUACGGCAACCUCAAGACCAAGGUCUUCUUUGUCUGGGGUGCUACCUGCACUGCGUGCGUUGUAUUUGCCUACUUCCUUGUUCCCGAGACGAAGGGCUUGUCGCUCGAGCAGGUAGACACCAUGCUCAAGGAGACGUCGCCUCGCAACUCCAGCAAGUGGGUGCCUCACUCGACCUUCGCCGGCCAUGCCGAGACCUCUUCUCUCGAAUCUACCGAUAAGAAUGGUACUCGUGCUCGCCACCAGGAGAACAUCGAGCAGCCUGAGAGCAAGGUCUAGGCCGUCCGCGAUGUUUCAUGUCCAUACGACAACGACUUUCUUUUCACGCAACAUGUUUGUUGCAGUGAUAAUGGUUUGGGAGGAUAUCUGCCGGUGUUUAGCGUUCAGAGGGAUUGGUCUCCACAUCUCUUUUAAGGUUCGCCUGUUUCUUGAUGCUUGCACGUAGCUGUGGCAUUCAUCAUCUCUAGAGCAUAGCACCGAGCUCUCGAUGCAUGUUUUGAGGGUUCAUGUUUGCAAGUAUAGUCAGCAGAGCAUAAUAAUUUGAUAAUCAGUCUAGCC